AUGGCCUACUCUGCCAAGUAUACCCCUCGACCCUUUACCGAUGUCUUCACAUCGGACACCGACAUCAACCGUCGGGAAUGCACCCGCAAGGUGCCCAUGAAGGUUCUCAUCCUGGGCUUGGGGCGAACGGGUACAGCUUCCAUGCGCGCGGCCAUGAAGCAGCUUGGCUACGUCGACACCUACCACAUGAUGAACUGCUCGAUCGAGAACCCGCCCGACGCUCUCAUGUGGAUGGACGCCCUGACCGCCAAGUACGACGGUGUCGGCAAGAAGUUUACACGCGAGGACUGGGACCAGCUCCUCGGAAACGCCCAGGCCGUCUGCGACUGGCCCUCGAUCGCCUUUGCCAAGGAGCUCAUCGAGGCCUACCCCGAGGCCAAGGUCGUCCUCACGAACCGCGACGUCCACACGUGGCAUGCCUCGACCAUGAAGACCGUCUACUGGCGUGUCACCGAUCCCGAGCUGCGCUGGCUGUCGCACUUUGACUGGGCCGCCAGCAUGUACCAGCCCAUGCUGCAAAAAUUCUUUGACACCUUCUUCAAGGGUGAUUUCCCCAACAAGGGCAAGGAGGUCUUCCUGGAACACUACGAGGAGGUCCGCAGCCUGGUGCCCAAGGACCGCCUCCUCGAGUACAAGGUCACCGAGGGCUGGGAGCCCCUGUGCGAGUUCCUCGGCGAGCCCGUGCCCAAGGACUCACCCUUUCCCAACGUCAACGACAACUCUGACUUUGUGACUCGCUCGCGCCGUCGCAACAGGAACCAAAUGUACAACUGCCUGCUGCGCUAUGCAUUCAACACAUCCGCUGCUGUCCUGUCAGGUCUGGCGGUGUACCACGGUGCCGUGUACCUCGACCUGGUGGACGCAAAGUCCUCGUUCAGCCCGGCCACCAUUGCAUCCCUGUUUCGCGGCUCUUCGUGA